AUAAUUUGAUAAUCGUAUCAAGACUUCCAACAGUGUAUAAAAGACAACCGAUCCAUCUCAAUGUGAAGUACAAACUCAUCAGCUUUCGACUAGUUCGGUGGUUCUUUUGAAAUUUCUUCGUAUAUACCUACGCUAACAACAACAUCAUGAAAUCUUUAGUAAGUAAACUGUUUAGUUAAUAUUAUGAACGUACACGAUUAUAUUAUGUUCCUCAAUUUGAAUUAUAUUUCUUUAAAAUUUAUCAAUACAUCAAAUAUGUAAUUAUAAUAUGGAUACGAAACAACAUUAUUUUUAGAAUUAAAAUUGACAUAUUUAUUUAGGAAAAUUUCUAAAUCGGCAAAAUUACGAGGAAUCUUAUAUAAAACCGUUGAAUGGGAAAUCGUAAUAAAUUUUAUUCGCGUGAAACAAAAAAAAAAAAAAAUCGAAAAUGUCAUUAUCUAUAAAUAAUUUUAAAAGUCGUCAGAAUGUUUUAAAAAUCACUCGUCUAGACGCGGUAUUUUGAUAUUAAUAUUCGAUGAAAAUUGUAGGUUUUUAUGAUCAGUGGUAUGAAUGGUAUUACAAAUAAAAAAAAAAUUCUGUUCAAAAACUGUUUUGUUCCAUAAAUGUUACCGUUUCUCCGAUAAAAAAAAAAAAAACAAAAAACACACCUUAAAUAAAACUAGUAUAACUUCUCUGUCAAGCCAAGAAUAUUGAAAAUAAAUACAAUUCUUAAAUAGCAUCGUUUUUCAAACAUUUUUAGAGUGGCGACCCCCCCAUUUUUUGAUUUUUCAAGGGGUUUCCGACGUAAUUGGGAAAAACCGGAAAGAAAAUUUUAGGUAAAAUAUACCGACAAAUAUUCACGGCGCGCCGCGAUAUUGACGAUUUUAUUGGUUUUAAUUUUUACAAACUAUGUUUUCUACCAGAAAAUAUUGCUUUAAUCGAAAUGUGCUAAGACAACUUUUUUUUAUUAAACUUUGGAUCUAAAUGCUAUUAACAUUUAAUUAUUUCUGACUAAUGCAACCUUCAGGUUGAAAAACGUUACCUUAUAGCUAUAUUAUCAUCUUUAAUCAUAUUUUAACCUAUAGAAAUAACAGGUAUUAGGUACUUAAUAAAAAUUAAAGUUUCUAAAUGUUUUAUCGGUAAAUUAAUUCAAAUAUAUUUAUUUUUAAUACGACAAACAUCAAAAAUGAAUUCAUUAUUAUCUUUUAUCACUCAAUAAGAACAAGUUUAUCCUUAACCAAACUGUACAUGAAUCAUAAUAGAAAAAAAUUGCUUAAAUUCCUUUCCUCCCCAAAAAACCUGUAUUAGUACUUUUUAAAAGUAAAAUGUUUUAAUUCAUAAAUGGUAAUAUUAUAGUUUUAACGUGUAUAAAACUAUCGCAUAUUGUUUGAUAAUUUUUAAUAUUAACAAAAAUAAAACAAAAAUGUAAAAAUACACAAUAAUAAAAUAAUCAAGUAAAAACAAAAUUAUUAAAAUAAUUAAUACUCUUAAUAAAUAUAGUAAAUAAAUACAUAAAUAAAAAAUGUAUGUAUAAAAAUAAAAAAUAAAUAAAUGAAUGAAUUCGUCGCCUAGAGUAUUAUAAGUGUAAUAUACGAGUUUUCCAAAGAAAAUGUGAAAAACCGAGAAAAACGUAGGAAAAUCGAAACAACAUUAAACAAUUAUUAUUAAAUAAAAUGUAUAAAGCCAAUUCAAUUAUUUUACUAUAAAAUGACAUAUUAUAUAUUGUUGACAAAGCAUAACUAUCAACUGAAUUCCGCUCAGAAUCGUUGUUUCGCAAGUAAUGGUUUAUCGUUGCUUACAGAUAUACAUUAAAUUCCCGUUUGUAUUCUACCUUCCCAACUUUCCCCCUCCCGGUCGCGUACGAAUUGCGUCCCGAUAUAAAAAUUGCGAUUUGCGUCCCGAUUAUCUGAUAUACCUUUGAUAAUCUCAAUCAAUAAUCGAUACGACUAUAUGAAUAUUUAUGAAUUGAAUGUAAUUGGUUAGUCUGUCUUUCGAUUCCGUCUCGUUGAGAAUUGUGCACUGUUCUAUUUCUUUUUAAACAUACGAGUUUAAUUGUGAGUGAAGUUACGAUUAGUGAACAAAAUAAAAAUUGAUUUUUGUAAACGAUUUUAAAUUUUGUUUAGAUUAUCAACAGGUUGUUAUUCUAGACCUAUACGCCAAAUUAAAUUUUCUUUAUUUUGAUAUAAAGUAUAAAGUCAUGUAUUACUAUAGAAAUCAAGUAAAAUUUAGAAUGUAUUCCUAUACAUAAUAAUGUAAAGAAAUUAGUAUUUUUAUCACGUAAAAUUUAACAUUACGUUUAUGAUUUAACACGUUGGACCAGAACAACAUUAAAAAAACAGUAUACAACUGUAAAGGUCGUGUAAGUCUUGUAAACAUUAUGUUCUGUUUUUUGGCUUCGUAAUAUGGUAUUUCAUUCGCCCUUAAUUUGUUAUAAUUUAUAGACGAUCGUACUGAUAAUCGUGUGCGUGGUCACGGCCGACGAAAAUAGCAAAGCCAAACCGGAAAAGCGUCAGAGCGCUUCGUACAGCAGUGGCGUUUUACCGCCCGCACAGGGACUGCAGCCGACGCCCGCAGCAGUCGUGCCCAACACCGUGCCGGUUUCCUCCUACCAACCGAACUACUUGCCCACGUGUGUGGUACAACCGAUUUACCCCAGUCCGUCGGUGCCCGCUUACCAACCUUCUGUCCCGUACGUUUUACCCUCGGAACCGCAGUACGUACCGCAGUACCAACCGCAAUAUCCGCAGUACCAACCGCAAUAUCCGCAGUACCAACCGCAACAAUAUCCGGACGCGUACCAACCGCAGCAAUAUCCGGCCCCGUAUCAGCCGCAGCCGUAUCCGGCCGGCUAUCAACCGUCGCAGUAUCCGGCCGCGUAUCGCGCGCAACAAUAUCCGGUCGCGUACCAACCGCCGCAGCAAUCGCAGAUCGCGACCCCGUAUUCGUACAGUUACUUCGUAUCGGCGGCCAACAACGCCGACAAAGCCAACGACAACAACAUCAACAACGCGCCGGCGUCCGCCAAGAAGUGAUGAGUUUACAAAAACAUGGCGAACGCGCAGUGCACAUUCAUGCACUUGUAUUCAUACAUUACAUACAUACAUACAUACAUAUAGUUAUACAAUAAAUAUUAUUAUUAUGGACGUGGAAACGAAAUGAAUAAAGGCAAACCGUUUUUAAGAG